ACACUAAAUCCAUUUCCCUCCUCAAAAACACAAACUCUCCCUUUCCCACACUCAAAAACAGAGCAAUGACUAUGAUCACCAUCACCACCAUUCUCACCUUCUUAACCCUUCUCCUCUCUUCAACCGAAGCCAGUAUCCCCGGCAUCUACACCGGUGGAGCAUGGCAAACUGCUCACGCCACCUUCUACGGCGGCAGUGACGCCUCCGGAACAAUGGGUGGCGCAUGCGGAUACGGAAAUUUAUAUAGUCAAGGAUACGGUGUGAACACGGCGGCGUUGAGCACUGCACUUUUUAACAGCGGUUUAAGUUGUGGUGCUUGUUUUGAGCUAAAAUGUGCUAAUGACCCAACUUGGUGUCACCCUGGUAGUCCUUCAAUAUUAGUAACUGCUACAAAUUUUUGUCCACCAAAUUAUGCACAAGCAAGUGAUAAUGGAGGAUGGUGUAAUCCUCCAAGACCACACUUUGAUCUUGCUAUGCCUAUGUUUCUUAAAAUUGCUCAGUAUCGUGCUGGCAUUGUUCCCGUUUCUUACCGCCGGGUAUCAUGUAGAAAACAAGGAGGUAUAAGAUUCACAAUCAACGGUUUCCGUUACUUCAACUUAGUUUUAAUCACCAACGUGGCAGGUGCAGGAGAUAUCGUGAAGACUAGUGUUAAAGGUUCAAAAAGUGGUUGGAUGAGUAUGAGUCGUAACUGGGGGCAAAAUUGGCAAUCAAAUGUUGUUUUGGUUGGUCAGUCACUUUCUUUUAGGGUCACAGCCAGUGAUCGACGCACUUCCACUUCUUUGAAUAUUGUUCCCUCUAAUUGGCAAUUUGGUCAAACUUUCAUUGGCAAGAAUUUUCGCGUUUGAAAAUAAUCACUUUUGGUAAUUUUGAAUUUCAUUGGAAUGUGGAUACGAGGGAAACAAGUUAGAGGGAAAAAAUGAAAUGGAAGAAAAAGUAAUGUUAUGAUGAUAGUGACUAGUGAAACUUUUUGAUUUUUUAUAUAAUUUGUACUUUGUUUGUUAUGGUGUGUUUGGUAUAAUGGGUUUUACUAAGUUUUAGAGAAUUUAGCUUUUUUAGAGGGAAAUGGAGGGAAAGAUUAUGUGAAAAUGUAAGGAGCUGAAGUGGCUUCAAAGUUCAAAUUCACUAGCCCGCAGCUAUGCUUAUGCUUCUAUAUAUUUCAUAUAUAUUAUAUGUAUGAAGAUCAAGUGUGUAAAACUAUGUUUGCUUCCACCUUUAGUGGAGGUCAAAUUGAUUAUAUAGAAAUUAAUUUUGACAUA